AAAAGUAAGCAUUCAAUGGAGAAAGACGUACGCUGCAACUACGGUGUCCAAUCUUACAUGAGCUUGUACAUCAAAUGCAAACUGCAUGAGCUACAAGGAAAGGUCGGACACCCGCAAGGCUUCGAUUCAAUAUUAGUUCCCGGCCGCUGAGAACGACAGCUCCGACAUCAACGAGCCUCCACUUGUAUUCCAGCAGCGAGCAAGAGACGAACGAAGUCAUCUCAAUCAGAAGAUGGUGGUACAUAUCUGCUUCGUCGUCGAUCAAGUGUAGUAGAGGUUCGUAGUUUCCUCAAAAGAAUUAUCUAAUUUUCAAUAUCAUUUUGCAAUAGACAUUUUUCCGGUCCUCGAAAGUGUGCUUGUCUGGGGCUAUCAAGCUUGCAAUGAGUGCUCGUUACAAACAGCGUCGUGAACAAGAGAAAGCCAGAGCUUUGGCUCAAAUAGAUGGGGUACUUAAAGCGGAGUACGAGGGAGAAUUGGAUCCUUCUGUCGAAACAUCGCAGAGAAUUCAGUUUCUGAACUGUCUUUACUACUGCAAGGCUCAUGCACGGGAUAUUUGUGGUGAUUGCAAGCUAUUCAGCUUGAAGUUGCGGAACCUGUUGAAUGGGUUCCAAUUACCAGACAACAAUGUACCUGAUUUGCCAUGGCAGUGUAUACAAAUCGUCCAAGCAGAUCCAUCCAGGGAGGAGGAGGCCACCCUGUUGGCACAACGUUGGUUGUGGAUGCAACAGGUCUACUACUCGAACAAGGUCAACAAAAUGCCCGCGUUUCAUGAGUACAACAUGCACCUCGUCAAACUCCCGCCUUUGUCCAAGAUUGAUGAAGCGACGGCUUCUGUUGACGAGAUCCGGAGGCAUCUGCUUCCAACCUUCGAAGCUUUGAGAGGAAUUGCUGGAAGUCAGAGGUACCACUUUGCCCUCCAAUCAUCGGUGUUGAUCACGGACUUUCACACUUUCUCUGGAGGUAAGGAGGUGUUAGAGGAAGGGUUUGCAGUUCUCUUCGACACCGAGAGCAGCUUGCAGCUCAGUGGUCCGGUCAGAUCCUUACUGACGGCAGAGGUCGAGCCUGAUGAGGAGAACUUGAGCUUCCACCUCCAAGGUCAGGCAAGGAUGCAGGAGAAGGCAAAGUUCCACAUCCUUAAUGCUUUUGGGUACCUCCUUGAGAAUAGAACCACAAGCUCGUUCUGGCGCAUUUUGGAACUGACUGCCACCAGUCUGAUGGAUCAUGUCAAUAAUUUUGACGAGGAAGAGGAUGGGCAGACGGUAAUGACGGAGAAAGCCAAGAGAUCUCUCAUACAAUUGAUCACUCAAGUGUUCUGGGCUCUUCUGUAUUCUCAGCAUCAGCUGCAGAAGGUGCGCAACUUACAACAUCAGAUAUGCCAGAAGAGCAUGUACCCUUUCUACAGCUACCACCUGCCUGCCUUAGAGGCCGAUCUGGACAUCCACUUGCUGGUCCUGAAGCUCAGUACGGUGAACUUGUGGAACGUCCCACACGUGAUUUAUCUGCUGCAAGAUUUCAAACUGGCUUGUGAGCAAUUUCCAGAGCAGGUCAAUUUCAUCGAUCCGUCUGUCAUGGGCGCAGUCGAUGAGUUCGCUGCUCGAUUCCAAGCUCUCCGACUAGCUCUUAAUGCGGCGCAGUUCCUCCUGCCGGAAGCCGAAGUCAAGCUGGCCAUCACCAAGUACAGGUUCGAUGUGAAGGACAAAGACGUGUCCGCUCGACAUGAUGAACUGCUGGGACUGUCAGAAACCUACAGAGAUGUCACCAAGCUCCGAACCCCAGGACUCGUCGGCGAUGUUCCCACUUUGUACCGACUGAUCUCGAAGGAAAACAGGUUCAGAAGAUUCCACUCCAAGGACUUUUUCAUGAUGUUCGACGAAGCCGAAAUGGACUCGGAGAUCACCGAGAAGCAGUUCGAGGCUCUGAGGGCCAAGUAUUUGCAUCUGUUCCCGGCCAUCCUCUCCCACUGGGGCGAGGACGAGCGCUCGCUGUUGCCAUCAGCUGAAGCCAAGCGUUUGAAGCAGAACGAGAAAUCCGCCCAGAAAAAGGAGCAGAGGAGCAAGCGCAGGCACAAACAGAAAUGCAAUCAGCACUCGGGUGCAGGAGGAGGAGGAGGAGGAGGAGGGGGAGGUGCAAAAGCUCCACAGAUGGACACCAGCGACGACGACAGGGCGCAGGCACUCGACCACGAACAAAUCCCAGCUUCUGCAUGCAUGGAACCCAAGCUCUUCUGGCCGGAGAUGGAGCUCAUCUCACUGGACCCGGACCACCCCUUGGCUACCAGCGAUGAACCCGAGGCUACUCCAGCUUCUCCAAAAUCCCCUCGAGGUGAAAGAGCACCUAAAUCUGACUCGCUCCUACCAUUACCAGUCUGUUAUUUUCUGCACUUUGUUCGAUCCGAUGAUUGUGUCUUUGAUGAGAAUGAGCGACCUCACAAUCGCCAAUAUAACAGCAAUGGUAGUCUCGAUUCUCCUGCGUCAAGUCCACAGGCUCACCGCAAUGUAGAUCGGAUUAAUACCCAAGACAUGCGGACUCGAGACAUCCUCUGGGGUAAGACGAACCAUACUCUCGAGUGGAGCGAUCUGAAGCAGCUUCUUGAGCAUUUGGGAUGCGAAAUUGAGCAUCUGCUGGGCAGUAGGAGAAGGGUGACGGAUCCUUUCAGCCGCCGGAGUGUUAUAUUGUACGAGCCCCAUGGCAAGAAGUAUUGCCGACCAGAUGAGAAGCUCACUUACCACAUCAUCAUAGAGAACUUGCUGGGCAUCAAGUAUGAGGAGCUCAUCACUCCUCGAGAGAAGCUACCCGUGUAGGCUUGCAGUUCUUAGACAACUUUCCUUUUAUGAUUAGGUGGCAUCAAAGUGCCUCGUCUAAAAUGUCGAAUUCCUCGAACAAGCCAACAGCUCUCCUUCAAAUGCAAGCAGGGAGUGCUGUAGUUGGAUUAUACUGCUUGAUGCCAACGGGUGUGUUGGUAUUAAUGAAGUAAUAUUGACUGAUCUCGAAUUAUUGAGUACAUUUUGGUCUAGAUUAUGAUUAUUGAGAUCUUGGAGGACCAGAUUUAGCCUCUUACAUGUGAACCACCUGCCUCGUUGUAAACCAGAUUCCUUAUGAAGAGUUAACUUGCUUUCGACGACGUUGUAGCUUCAAAACUGUUGCUGGGCUCGGCAUAAAUGAAAACUGCCUCAUGCUCUCUACGAAAAACUCCGUCUACUAUUAUCUUUCUGCUUAGGCCUCUAGGCGGUGAGAUCCCUUGACCUCUUGAGUUUAGGGGUUUAGGGUUUAGGGCACCAUUACAUUCCACAAGACAUCCAGUUCGGUUUAACACAGGCUGUGACAUCUAGUACUUAUUUCAUGUGGACAUAAGCCUAAGAAAAGAAAAAUUAUUUUGAAGCUGUUAAUGAUAUGCCAGCAUAUCAUGCUUUGAAAUGUUGA